GAAUUUCGCCCAGCGUUUCGAUUUCAAAAGUGAAAUCGAAAGACGGAAAAUCGGAUUGUUCAGGGUUGUAAUUUUUCCUUAUUUUUCACUUAUAUACGGGAAGUAAUUUACAACGUCUAGCACACGACAGAGUUUAAAAGUGUGCGAUAACAAUGUCUUCGCAUAAAGGAACGCUCUCUUAUAUGCAAAACGAUAAGUAUUCAUUUGACAGUUCGUUGAGUUUUGCGAGAGAUGCUGAGCCGAAUCUCACCGUUUCGCAGAGCAAAGAUAAAAGGGAGAAAUAUGAAUUAGGCGCUUAUGGUUACGGUAAGAAUAACGUCAAGUUAUUGUAUGUGCGCCGGGAAGACGAGUUGCACCACGAAAUUCGCGAAUACGAGGUGGACACGCAUUUGCGUCUGAUCUCGCAGAAGGAUUAUCUGAACGGUGACAAUCAUGACAUCAUCGCGACGGACAGCCAGAAGAACACGGUUUACCUUAUGGCGAAGAAACAUGGUAUUCAAUCGCCCGAGGAGUUCGCUCUUCUGCUUUGUUCCCACUUCCUCUACACGUAUCCGCACGUUGCGGAAGUCAGCAUCAACGUCGAGGAGUAUCCCUGGACCAGGCACUACGUUAACAACGUGCCUCACAAUCAUGCCUUCGUCAUGAGUCCAACCGCGACACGAUACUGUCAAGUCAGCCAGAUCAGAAAUGAAUCGCCACGAAUUCGCGGUGGAUUGAAGGGACUGCGAUUGUUGAAGACCACCCAAAGUUCGUUCACGGAUUUCAUUCAGGACGAGUACCGCACGUUACCGGACAUGAACGACCGUAUUUUCAGUACUGUUGUAAUGGCUAGCUGGGACUUCUCGACGGCGACCGAAGUGGAUUUCGAUAAUGUGUGGUACACGGUGAAGGAUUGUAUUAUGGAGAAAUUUGCGGGCCCUCCGGACGUAGGAAUUUACUCUCCCAGUGUGCAGAAUACGCUUUACCUCACGGAAAAGUGUAUACUCGAUAAAGUCCAACAAAUUUAUAGCAUCGAGAUGCAAAUGCCGAAUAAGCAUUACUUCGAUGUGGAUUUCAGCAAAUUCUCCAAUCUCGUAAAAGGACCGAACAAAGAUGUUUAUCUACCCGUAGAUAAGCCGUCCGGUAUUAUUUACGCCCGAUUAAACAGAAAAGAUCUGUCUGCCAGAUUAUAGACUUUAAGUUUUUUAAUGAACACCAGAUUCGAAUAUAAAUGAACAGAUCAAACGAAUUUUAAAUGUAAUAACGAAUAAUAUUACAUUUAAGGAGGCAUUGCAGAACAAUACAUUAAAAUUACAUGAG